AUGGCCCCUUCUGGCCCCUAUGUAGCUUCGUCCCUGAUUGGACCGGAAGUAAUGGCCUAUAACUAUGCUAUGUUUGGUCUUGGUCCAUAUGGACCUUACUGGCAAAAAAUGCGCAAGAUCACAAGAGAGCUUCUAAGUGUGCAUCAUAUUGAGAUGUUUGAACAUCUUCGGAUAUCUGAAAUAAAGGAAUCCGUGGGAGAUAUCUACGACUUUUGGUUAAAAAAUAGAAGUUUUCAGAGCCAUAUGGUGAAAAUUGAUAUCAAUCAAUGGUUGGGAUGCUUGACACAGAACAUAGUGCUGAGGACGAUUGUGGGGAAACGAUAUGAGUGGAACGACAAAAAUGGAAUUCAGUUCUCAGAGCGCAUAAGGACGGUUACUGGACAAGUUGGCAAAUUUUACUUGAGAGAUUAUGUUUCUUUUUUAAGAUGGUUGGACUGGGGAGGUCAUGAGAAGGCAAUGCAGGAGGCUGCAAAGGAAACUGACCGUAUACUCACUGAAUGGUUGGGAGAGCACAAACUGAGAAGAAAAGCGAAAGAUGAACAACAUGAUAUCAUGGACAUGAUUCUCACCAGAAUGGAUGAGGCUACAUCCCAAGAUUUUGAAGGCUUUGACCCUGAUACUGUUGUUAAGGCCACUUCCUUGACAUUUAUCUCAGGAGCGGCAGAUUCAACAAGAAUGACUUUAAGCCAGGUGGUAUUUCUACUUAUCAGUAACCCCCAUGUGCUUCAGAAGGCUAGAGAUGAACUGAACAACCAUGUUGGGAGGAAUAGACAAGUUGAAGAGUCCGACAUAAAGAACUUGGUAUACUUGCAAGCCAUUAUCAAAGAAUCCAUGCGUUUACAUCCAUCUUCACAACUACUACCACCCCGUGAAUCUGUAGAAGACUGUGAGAUUGGAGGUUACAAUAUCCCAAAGGAUACGCUGUUAAUUGCUAAUCUGUCAUAGAUCCACCGUGAUCCUCAAGUAUGGCCUAAUCCUGAUGAGUUUCAACCAGAGAGGUUCUUGACUAGCCAUCAAAAUGUCGAUGUCAUGGGCAACCACUAUGAGUUGCUGCCAUUUGGGAGCGGAAGAAGAAGGUGUCCGGGGAUCUUUUUUGGACUUCGACUUGUGCAGAUAGCUUUAGCAACUUUAAUUCACCGAUUCGAGUUGGAGAAAGCAUCUGAUGAUCCAGAUGACAAGAGUGCAACAGGACUAACAAAUUCUAUACCACAAUUUAAGAUUCUCCUCAAACCAAUCACAUCUACAGAAAAAUAAGGUUCAACAAACUCUUGCACUAGAAGAAGAAUAAUCACACAAUUCUAUGUGUGUGCUACUAGAGGUAAUGUAAUAAAUCAGACCCAUGUUCUUCUAUAUGUGUUGAUAAUAACAGAAACAUAUAUUGCUCGUCAACAUUGAUAAAUUUACAAAUUUUUAGUUAUGAAUAACGCAUUGGUUCUUGUAA